AUGAAGGUCGUCGAACUGAAGCAAGAGCUACGGAAGCGCGACCUCCCGACGAACGGAAGAAAGCACGAACUGAUCGAGAGGCUUCGCGAGUUCGACCGACGAGAGCAAGACCACGCGCAUCACGUGGACGCGAAGAGCGAGAUCACCGACGAGGCAUCGGCCGCUGAACCCGUCGAAUCAAUCGAAGAAACCACCGUAGAGGAAGGACACAACACCGAAGAGCAGCAACCGACGGUAGAGACUGCGGGCGAGGACGAAGAAGAAACGGCGGAGGGACGAGUUGAACGAACGAUCGAAGAAGAGACGGAGGACGGUGCGGACAUGGGCGCGAAGGAAGCGAGCGGAGAAGUGAGAGAAGAAGAGGAGGAGAGCGAUGAGGUGGCAGCCGACGAAGAAGAAGAAGAAGAAGAAGAAGAAAAGAUCGACCCCGAAUCCCUCAAGGUGGAGGAGCUGAAGCGCGAGCUCAGGAAGUGCCAUCUGCCGACCAACGGGAGGAAGUUCGAGCUGGUCAGACGACUCCGUGACUACCUGGCGCAGGAAGAGGAGGUGGCCGAGCCCGCAGCUGUCGAAGAAGCGGUGGUGACUGAGGUCUUCGUCGCAGAGCCGCCGGCCGAGGAUGUGAGCGAUCACGUGCAGGCCAGCGCGGAUGGUGAAGACGAGGAGGCAGCGGAUGAAGGACCCAGUUCGGUCAAGGAGGCUUCGUUGGAGGAGGCAACAUUCGAAGCGAACAAUGCCGUCCAGAA